UCUUCUAGCAUGUGGAUAUGGAAAACUCCUAUCUCUGUGGAUACUUGAAGAUUAAAGGCCUUACAGAGGAGUACCCAACCCUCACCACUUUCUUUGAAGGGGAGAUAAUCAGUAAAAAACAUCCUUUCUUAACGCGCAAGUGGGAUGCUGACGAAGACGUGGAUCGUAAACACUGGGGGAAGUUCCAGGCUUUUUACCAGUAUGCAAAAACAUUUAACUCUGAUGACUUUGAUUAUGAGGAUCUGAAAAAUGGGGACUACGUCUUCAUGAGAUGGAAGGAACAGUUCCUAGUCCCGGAUCACACUAUCAAAGACAUCAGCGGUGCUUCCUUUGCUGGUUUCUAUUACAUCUGCUUCCAGAAGUCGGCAGCAUCUAUAGAGGGCUAUUACUACCAUAGGAGUUCAGAAUGGUAUCAGUCAUUGAAUUUAACUCACGUUCCUGAGCACAGCGCUCCUAUCUACGAAUUCCGAUGACAGCUGUCCAGAACUGAUACCGCCCAGAAGCAAACCGGGCAGGAGAGCAUGGCCUGCCAGGAGAACUGUGUCCCUGUCGGAGCACGGGAAUGCACGCUUCUCUCCUGCCCCUCGGACUCGCGAGAGAGAGCCUGAAUGUUAACCCACCCAGCCCAAGGAGCGUGGCUGCUGGAGCUUGAUUCUCCCUCCUGUCGAGUGGCGAUUUGAUCUUUAAUCUGGUUUUAAGCUACCUUUAAAUGCACUUUCUUAUUGCACAGCUAGUUUCUCUAUCACUGAAAUUCCUCCUGGCCUUCCUCUGGAAGCUGUUUCUCAGUAGCUGGAAUCAGUGGUCUGUCCUCCGAGUAAUAAGAAAAUAUAAGCUCAGUGCUUAUAUUUUCCUUGUUACAACCUGAUAGGGGUUGAAAUCGCCAGGACUCGGGUUUGGUUGCCCAGGUUGCCAGCUCUGAUGCUCCCAGAGCCGUGUCCCGCGUGUGAGGCUCCGUCCAGCCGCGGGGUCUGUUGGGGGAGCGUUGGCUGAGACAGAGAAGGCCUGAAGGAGCCUUUGCUUCAUGCCAGCUAACGAGGUUAGCUGGAGCUUCAGAUCUUUCAGGAACGCCGGCCCUUUGGAGCUGGGAGCUGUUCCGGUGUCUGGAUAUGCCACUGGGAUUUAAGUUGACGAACGGACUUCCAGGCUCUCAGUAAAGUGGAUCUGAACUC